AUGGCUCUCCCUCUGCUGCCCCUGGAUUCUCUGUUCCACCUUACUGGCGCUCUCUUUUCGGCCACCUUGAGCUCCCUGAUCUGGUGGAUCUACCGCCAGCCUCCCAGUCCGAACAAUUCCCGCCCUGACAUGAUCACUGCCCGCGUCUAUCGACUCUGCCACGCCGAUAUGACUGUUAGUUCCGAACUUGCGCGCGACCCGACCCAGGUCCCGUCCAAGGUAUUUCACAAUUUGUACGAGAGUCGCGACUCCGAGAACCCCGGCUCGGGGGUGAAGGAUGCCGCCGACGAGGCAGAGGCCUUGCAACGAGCAGCCGAGUGUGGGAAUUGGGGUGCCUCGCAACCGAGCGAGUUGUUCCUGAAGAUCUACCACGACGCAGUAUGCGCUCUAGACAAGAACCCACACUCCGGGGUCGUCUCUCCGCCCUUGAUGGGCAGCCACGGCAUCGUCCCUUUGACCAUUGUGGCCCCCCUACCCGACCUCUGUCGACACAUGGCCAAUUGCAUUGUGCGCGCCGAGAAGGAAGUCUUUCUAGGAACCAACUUCUGGAUCCACUCCGACGCCUCGACGCUAGUCACCAACUCCCUCCGAGAACUCUCCAAGCGAGCAGGCGAGCGAGGCACCAAAGUCAUCGUGAAGGUGAUCUACGACCGAGGUGAUCCGCGCCAGGUCUGCGAGAACCGGCUCGACGUGCCCGAGAAGAAGUACACGAGCUCGCAAGUUAAGUUCCCUCCGGUGGAAGAAAUUCCCAAUCUCGACCUGCAGGUGAUCAACUACCAUCGUCCGAUCUUCGGCACGUUUCAUGCGAAAUUCAUGGUCAUUGACCGCCGCGUGGCGCUGCUGCAGAGCAGUAACGUCCAGGAUAAUGAUAACUUGGAGAUGAUGAUCCGCAUGGAGGGCCCGAUUGUGGAUGCCAUUUAUGAUACGGCGUUGGUGUCGUGGGGGAAAUCCUUCGAUGCGCCUCUACCAAUGCUGUCUUCCCCUGCAGCAGAUGCGCCCAUGCCGAGCUUCGAUACGAAGUUCCCGGACGAGCAGGGUGGAAUACUCCCUGAGCUGACGAAGGACGAUCCGCACUACGAUGUGGAUGUCGGGCAGGAGGCGCAGAGAGUCAACGGCAUGGUUGAACCUCGGGAAGGCGAAUCAAGAACGCAAGCCGUAACUCGCCAUCUUAACACAACGACGCAACCAAACACCACAGGCGAUGCCUCGGAUGUUGACCACGAACCCCCAAUGCGACCAUACGUCCCUCUCCCACCUCACAAGCCAUUCCCUAUUGCCCUUGUAAACCGUGAACCCUUCGGAGGACCGAGCCACACCAGCGUCUACACCCCCCAAAACUCCGCCUUCCUAUCCGCCAUCCAAAACGCCCAAUCGAGCAUCUUCAUCCAAACCCCCAACAUGAACGCCGAGCCCCUCCUCCAACCCCUCCUCGACGCCGUCAAACGCGGUGUCAUCGUCACCUGCUACCUCUGUCUCGGCUACAACGACGCCGGCCAACUCCUGCCGUUCCAGAACGGCACGAACGAAAUGAUCUCGAACCGGUUAUACGCGGCUCUCGAGACGAAGGAGGAACGUUCCCGUCUUCGCAUCUAUAACUACGUCGGGAAAGACCAGACGAAGCCUAUUCAUAAUAAGUUCAAGAAACGGAGCUGUCAUAUUAAACUUAUGAUUAUUGAUGAGAAGGUUGCUAUUCAAGGAAACGGAAACCUCGACACCCAAUCCUUCUACCACAGCCAAGAAGUCAAUGUCCUGCUCGACUCACCACUAGUCUGUCGCACGUGGCUGGAAACCAUCAACCGGAACCAGAACACGGCCAAGUACGGGCUCGUCAGCCCGGACGACGGAUGCUGGCAUGAUCCCGUCACCGGGGAAAUGGCCGAGGGGUCGAUCGGUGUGAACCCGGGGCAUUUUAGCUGGGCGAAGGGGGUUCUGGGCGCUGUGCAGAGGGUUAGGGGGGCUGGGGGGUUUUAG